GCGAGCAGAGCUGGGAGCCUCGCGCGGGCCAGGUGCGCCUCGGAGCGGAUCUUCGGGCCGGCUUCCGUGGCUUUCCCCGCACUGACGGCGCCGGGGUGGGGCGGGGCUUUAGCAGGCUGCCAGUGUCGACAUGCUGCUGGAGGAGGUCCGCGCCGGCGACCGGCUAACCGGGGCUGCGGCCCGGGGCGACGUGCAGGAGGUGCGCCGCCUUCUGCACUGCGAGCUCGUGCAUCCCGACGCCCUGAACCGCUUCGGCAAGACGGCGCUGCAGGUCAUGAUGUUCGGCAGCCCCACCAUUGCUUUGGAGCUCCUCAAGCAAGGUGCCAGCCCCAAUGUCCAGGAUGCCACCGGCACUACUCCAGCCCAUGACGCGGCACGCACUGGAUUCCUGGACACCCUGAAGGUCUUGGUAGAGCAUGGUGCUGAUGUCAACGUGCCUGAUGGCACUGGGGCGCUCCCCAUCCACCUGGCAGUGCGAGAGGGCCACACGGCUGUGGUCAGCUUCCUGGCUGUGGAGUCUGAUCUCCAUCACAGGGAUGCCAGGGGCCUCACACCCCUGGAGCUGGCGCAGGGGCUAGGGGCCCAGGAUCUCAUGGACAUCCUGCAGGGGCAUAUGGUGGUGCUGCUGUGACCCAGGGCCACCCAGUCCUGCAACAGGACCCAGCCGGGUUCUGUAUCAAGAGAGCAGGAAAGAAACACUUUCUCCCCUCACUUCUGCCCACUGUCGAAAGGGGAGGGGCACCCGUUUGUGGCUUGUUGGUGUUGAUUUGCGGGGUGUGUGUGUUUGAGGGACAUUUCUCAUUUGUUUUUCUCACCCCUUUUGACGUGCUGGGCAGAGAAGGGCUCUUGCCGACAACAGCCAUCUAAACGGUUCCGUUUUCUCUGUGCCUCAGAUUGCUGGGGCUGCAGACGCCCAAGAGCAGAGCAUUUAAAGCCCCAGCCCCAGAAUGAGGUCAUCGCUUCCAGGGCUCCUGGAACCUGGCGACCUUGGCUGGCUUGUACCCAGAGAGAGACCUCAAAGUGUACACACUGCUUUCAGGCAUGGGGUGGGGGGGGUGAGUUUCGAAUCGAAGGGUAGUAUGAGUUCGUUCAUAUUUUGUUGGAAGCUUGUUUUCCAGUCUCUUGUACAGCGUUUAAAAAAAAAAGAUUCUAUUUAUUAAGCUUUGUGGAAAAAAAUUGUUGUGUGAUAACUUAAUGUUUUUACCCAUUAAAUUAAGACUUGUGCAUGA